AUGCGCAAAACAUCAACUGGUUCAACUCCUGUUCGGGGGGCUAAAACUGCAAAGUCAACGUCUUCCGCUACUUCUCAAAAAACUUCUACUUCAUCCACUACUUCAUCUUCUUUACAAUCCAAUCAAACAGGUUUAAAAAAACCAUCAACUGUCAAGAGAUCAGGUGCAUCUGUUUCUCAAAAUAGUUUAUCUCCAAAAAAUGCUUCCCCACGAAAUUCAAGAUCUCCAUCACCUUCAUCCGCAACAACUUCGAGACCUAUUCGAGCGACUGCUUCAUCUUCUAUUAAAGAUGCAAUUGCUCAAGCUAGAUUAAAAAAAGCAAACAAUAAAACUUCUACAAAAGAAGAAGAACAAGAAAUUGGUGCCAAAAGUUUAAAUGUAAUAGUUAAGCAAGCAAAAUCUUCAGGUCGCAUAAAUAUCUCCCAUCGUUCUCUUAAGGCAAUUCCGGAAGAAGUAUGGAGAAUGUACGAAGUUGAUCCAAAAAGUAUCACUAUUGAUUUUAGCGGAGGUGGUUCAGAUGUGUGGUAUGAAACAGUUGACCUUGUAAGAAUGGUGGCAGCAGAUAAUCAACUUGAAGUAAUUGAUAAACGAAUUGCAGAAUUUAAUGCUCUCGUUUUCAUUGAUCUUCAUAACAAUAAUUUAUCAUCUCUUCCAAAAGAGUUUGGUGAAUUACAAAGUCUUACCACACUUAAUUUAUCAAUUAAUCGUUUUAGCGAACUUCCUGCUUGUUUGACUACAUUAUCUUCUCUUGUAGAAUUACAACUUUCUUCAAAUAAAUUAACUGGUGUUUUAGACUCUUCCUUUGGCAAUCUGUCUAAAUUGGAAAUACUUGAUAUUUCAUCAAAUGAAAUCACUGGAUUACCAAAAGAAAUUGAAAAUUUAAAAAAUCUUCGAAAAUUAAAUCUUGCAAAGAAUAAAUUAAAAGAAAUUCCUGGCUUAGCAAUAAGUGGAAUGAGGAAUUUGGAAGAACUUGAAAUUAGCGAAAAUAAAUUAGAAAUAGUUUUUAUCGGAUUGGAUGGUCAGACAGUUGAAUUACAUUCUUUGAAAAGAUUAGAUAUUCGUCAAAAUAGAUUAAAAGCUUUGGAUGAAUCACAGAAUGCUACCAUUUUUCAUCCAACAAUAAAACUUCCGAAACUUAAAGAAUUUCUUACUUCUCUUAAUCUAUUUGAAACUUUUGGUCCUCUGCUUCAUACAACGCCUGAUCUUGAGAUUCUUGAUAUUGGUGAUAACAAAUUUCGUGAACUUCCUGAAGGUUUAUUAUCACUGAAGAGUUUAAAACGGUUGGAUCUAAGUAAUAAUGACUUUAAAGUUUUACCAGCCGAAUUAGGCAUGCUGACAACUCUGGACUUUUUGGGCUGGGAGGGAAAUCCUAUAAGAAAUGCACCAAAAGGUUCCAAAUCUACAGCUGCAGUAUUAAAAUUAUUAAGGGAUAGGUUGACAACUGUCG